GAGAUCUUGAUUCUUGAAUUAAAAAGAAAAAGCAAAAGAUGCAAAAAUUUCAUUCAACCGGGAAGAGGCAGGGAGAUGCCCGCUAACAUAUUUGGCACGAAAUUCAAAACCCUCAAAAUCUCCCCCAAAAUUCAACCAAGCGCGCCUUUUACCCCCAAUUUCUUGCCCCCAAAACCCAUUUACGAGAUUUCUACAACUCUUUCUCAGAUUCAAUUGCAGUAGCAACAAAGCUCACUCCUUUCUUUACCCUGUGUUCAUCUACUGCAGCUUGUACAAUUCACUCAAGAGCCCAAAUCUUUUAACUAAUUUCGGCGGGAUCUUUCCUUCCACCUUAUAGGGUUUUCGGGUGUUUCUGGAUCUGUACUCGUGAUUCUUUAUACAUACACAAACAGCGUCUGAAUUCCAACACAAAUCUACACUUACACAGGUUUUGAGUUGUUGACUUUUGUGGGUUUUAAUGGCUUCCGAUAUGGAAACCCUAGAGAGUGAAAAACGAGAAGACGUCCCCGACGUCGAAAUGAAGGACAAGGAGGAAUCCGAAAAGGAAGGCGAAGAAGAACAAGCGACUAAAGAAAAAGACGAAGAGAGCGAGGAUGAAGAAGCUAAAGACGAAGAGAGCGAAGAUGAUGAAGAAGAAGAUAGCGCGAAAAAAGCCGAAGGCAGCUCGAAGAAAACGAAGGUCGAUUCGAGUUCUAAAUCACCUGCUACACCGACUGAGAGGCCAACCAGGGAAAGGAAGACCGUCGAACGUUAUACGGCCAUCGGCAAUCUUUCUGCUAGCAAACCGAUCUCCAUACAACAGGGCCCUGGAACUCAGCUCAAAGACAUUCCAAACGUGGCUUACAAGCUGUCUAAGAGGAAAGUUGAUGAUAACUUGCAUUCACUGCAUGGCAUCCUUUUUGGAAAACGAACAAAGCCUAAAGUUUUGAAGAAGAACAUUGGCAUGUUUUCUGGCUUUGUAUGGGCUGAUGAUGAGCAGGAAAAACAGAGGUUAAAAGUGAAGGAGAAGCUUGAAAAAUGUGUUAAAGAAAAGCUGUUUGACUUUUGUGAUAUUCUAAAUCUUCAAGUUAACAAAACCACCAAAAAGGAUGAAGUUGCAUUAAAAUUGUUAGAGUUUCUUCAAUCUCCACAUGCUACAACUGAAGUUCUCCUUUCUGAAAAAGAAGAGAAACGUAAAAGUAAAAAGCAAAAAUCAAAGGCAAGAAAGAGCAAAACCCCAACAACGAAAAAAUCUGGAGAAAAACGCAAACGUGCUUCAAAGAAACAGGAAGAAGAAGACAAUGAAGAAGAAGAAGAAGAAGAUGAAGUUUCAGAGAGUGAAGAAGACGAAUCCAAUGAGGAAGAUGAGAAGAAAGUUGAAAGCGUUGACCAAGAAGAAAAGUCAAAGAAAGACAAUGAUAAUGAAGAGAAAGAAGAAGAGGAGGAAGAAGAAAAACAAGUCACAAGUGAAAAAAGCUCUUCAAAAAAAAGUGGAGAAAAAUCAAAACCUGUUAAAAAAGAAACUAAAUCCAGUAAAAAGACACCUGUGUCUGUUUCCUCUUCUAAAUCAAAGAAGAGUCCCAAAGAAGAAAAGAAAGUCAAAAAGUCAGACACUGUAAAAGGAAAAGGAAAAACUAAUAAAAAAGCAAAAACAGAACCAACUAAUGAAGAAAUGCAUGCUGUUGUAACUAAAAUCUUGAAGGAAGUUGAUUUCAACACUGCAACUUUAUCAGACAUUAUCAAACAACUUGGUACGCAUUUUGGUCAGGAUUUAUUGAGCAGAAAGGCUGAAGUGAAGGCCAUAAUCACUGAUGUCAUAAACAACAUGUCUGAUGAUGAAGAAGAAAAAGAAGAAGCUGAGCUGGCAAAGGCUGAUAGUAGUGAUGACGUGGAUGACAACAAGGAGAACAAUGAUGACGAGGAUGACAACAAGGACAAGGAUGAUGCUGACGAGGAUGAUAACAAGGAUAGUGAUUCAUAAUGUUGUUUUUAACUUUUGACUUUUUUUUUUUUUUUUUUUCGUUAUUUGUACCAUAGACCAUUAGAGUCUGUUCUGUUGGUUCGUUUGAAGUUAUUUUUUUAAAAAAAAUUAUUUAUUAGGUUUUUGAUGAUAUAAAUUUUUCUCUACUUUUUUUAUUGACUGGAUUAUUAGUUUUAAUUGGAGUAUAUGACUUUUUAUU